AUGAGCUGUUACAAGCUACUAGAUGGAAUUUAUACUGAAAUUGAAGGGAUGACAGAAUUUUUUUGGUGGGGAUCGAGGAAUGGAGAAAGGAAGAUUCACUGGUUAUGGUGGGAUAGGAUGGCUAGAACUAAGAAGGAAGGAGGAAUGGGAUUUCGAGGCAUUAGAGAAUUCAAUAUUAGUUUACUUGGGAAGCAGUACUAG